ACGUAAUUUCCGAACGUGCGAUACCGCCCCCGCCGCCGCCUUACCGCCCGCUGAGACAGAGCUCUCUGAGCGCGAAAACACACGCCCUCAGCGCGCGCGACGACGACCAGUAAGAUAUUGCGAGUCUUAGUGUAACUGUUCGAUUCUCAACUCAUUUUGUAUUUUGUUAGUUAUUGUGUCGCUUUUUAUAUUAAAACCUCAUACCAAAUCAGUGUAAACAUUAUUUAUAUAUCAUCUUCGCCAACAGCCCGGAACAACGAACUCACGAAAACUCACAAAAGCCCGCCAGUCGGACUUGUAGUGUUAAAAAUGGCGCCCGAACGUUUAGCUGUGAAGUGAUAUAUGAAAGUAUUGUGCCUACAUGAACGAUUUGUGUUUUCCUGACUUUACCGACUAAACCGUCGUUAAAUAAUGCCGCCGAAGAAGAUGCCCAAUUCCGAGGAGCGCGACGCGAGAGCCGCGUCGCCGCCCCACGCGCCGUCGAGUGACGCGCCGCCCGCCAGUGUUUGCUUCCGCCCGGAAGACAUCACCAUGCUGAUCGACACCCUUCAACGAACGCAGCUAGACGCGUUCCGGGAGCUGUUAGAUAGCGUCAGGCAGUCGGCGACUCCUACAUUCGACCAUCGGCCCGCCAACAACUUCAGCCGCUGCAAAUCUGUAUUCAGCGGACGCGCAGACGAGUCAGUAGAAGGUUUUAUCGACGCAAUAGAAUCGUACAGAGACGCCGCCAAUGUUCCCGAUGACGUAGCCGUAAAAGGCAUCUCCAUGUUGCUUACACACACCGCCGCUACCUGGUGGCAGGGUAUCAAGCAUCAAGUUUCUACAUGGGAAGACGUCAUCUCAAAUCUACGAAGUGCUUUUGGUGAUCGCCGCCCACCCCACAGAAUUUAUGUCGACCUAUUCGCAGACGGCCAGCAGCCUAUGGAGAAAACCGAUCUGUUUGUCGCCAGGGCUCGAGCACUCCUCGCGAAGCUACCUCGAGGCGACCUAUGUGAAAAAGUGGAGCUUGAUAUGAUAUACGGAUUACUGCAUCAUAAAAUUCGUAAACGCCUUCGUAGAGAGGAAAUCACCAGUUUCAAUGUUCUCCUGCAAAAAGCACGAAGUAUUGAGGAUUCUACGAAAGAAGCGCAUACUUCAAACGCCGUCGCCGAGACAUCAAAGGGUGCCGCCGCCGCCCGCGCUCGACUCGAGCCGCCGCGGCCUGCAACGCAGCGUGUACCUACGGCCGCUGUAGAAGUUUCCCCGCGCCAACGUUCGUCAGGCGAUAACGCCGACGCCACUCCGACCGCCGAAAAACCCGAGAAACGUCGAUACUGUGUUUAUUGUAAAAGUUACGGUCAUACGCGUGAUCAGUGUCGUAAAUUGUUAUUAAAACAAACCGCGAAUGACAGUAACGAUAACGUAGUUAGUAAAGUAAAUAAUAUUAAAUGUUACGGUUGCGGCGCGAGCGGAGUCAUACGUUCUAAUUGUUCCAAAUGUAGUUCAAAUUUUAGCGCGGUCGAUUUUAUUCAAAUACCGCGAACGCGAUCGCGAGGUACAACGACCGCUGAGACAUCAGCUGUUGGUAAGCCGUCCGCCCAGGUCUCAGCUCCAGUACAGCCUCGACGCCUGCGUGGACGGCCCCGUCUUGUUGUUUCUGCCGAGCCACUAACGAGGCGUUCUAGUGACUCGGAGGGGGAGGAUAUAACGGAACGUAAUUUCCGAACGUGCGAUACCGCCCCCGCCGCCGCCUUACCGCCCGCUGAGACAGAGCUCUCUGAGCGCGAAAACACACGCCCUCAGCGCGCGCGACGACGACCAGUAAGAUAUUGCGAGUCUUAGUGUAACUGUUCGAUUCUCAACUCAUUUUGUAUUUUGUUAGUUAUUGUGUCGCUUUUUAUAUUAAAACCUCAUACCAAAUCAGUGUAAACAUUAUUUAUAUAUCAUCUUCGCCAACAGCCCGGAACAACGAACUCACGAAAACUCACAAAAGCCCGCCAGUCGGACUUGUAGUGUUAAAAUUCUUAAUUCGAAAACCCUUAAUUGCCGCUCUAAUGCUUAUUUUAUUAUACCUAUAAACUGUAUCGGUUGUCUUUACAUAGGAAAAAUUGAAUACGUGAAACAUUUAAGUUAAUAAUAGACAAUGAUUAUUACUGUUGAAUGUUAAAAAUUUGAAAGUAUUAUUUCGUGAUAUUUUAAUGCUAUGCCUAAAUUUUCAUGUCUAUUAUUCGUGAAUCAGUGUUGUGAAAUUUACUAUUAUCUCAAUUUACAGAACAUUAAAUCUAUGUAUGUUAUUAGGUGUUCAUUUAUUUUAGAAAAAAAAGGAAUGAAACAUCCUCGAGAUUUGACUUUAAAACUGUUUGUAAACCCGUCACUUGCGACAAAGGGCUCGACGAGUAUAUGAACCCUCAGACACAGCCCACAGUUUCUCGCCGGAUUUUCUGAGUGGGUCGCGUUUCCGAUCCGGUGGUAGAUUCUGCGAAGCACGGCUCUUACUAGGGUUCGUGUUAGCAACGUCGUCAGGUUUGAGCCCCGUGAGCUCACCUACUAGUUAAGGUUACGCUGAUAUAGCCUCUCAAGGCUCUCAGCUUAGGUAGGAAAAAAAAAAGUUUGUAAACCUAAUUAAAUCUUGUCAAAAUUCACCGUUUCUAAUUUUAUUUACAAACAAUGAAUAUUUUUUUAUAAAUUUAAAAAUAUUAUUCAUUCUCUAGAAUAAUCUGCUUCGAAACGGUAACGUUCGUUCGAAAGCGUAGCCCUCGACCGUCCUGGGUCGACGACCCCACGCCCUUCAAUCGUUACUUUUUAGUCUUUUACCUCUAUACUUCAUGUUAAAUCACUUUAGUUGAUCAGACUUUUGUUCUUUUUUGCGAUACCUUCAUUUCACCAAAAUAUUUUGUCUUGAAUUUAAUUCGGACUUAUGUCUUUUGCGCUGUUUGUUUGUUGUGAUAUCCGAGACCACAAAAUAGUUUCUCUUGUGUCGGAGAUCAUAAUGAUCACAGGUCGCAGAACCAGUGUUUAUAUUGAAAUUAAGUAGAUCGAAAAAAGAUGAAUGUGAGAAAAAAUGUACUUUCAGACCAUCUUUUUUAAUUUAAGUUCGAUAAUAUUAAAUGAUUUAUUUGGAUAACAUUAAACUUGAUUUUAAAA